ACCAAUGAGGGCGCAGCAGGCACUAAAAUGGCCAAGCCAAUGGCUGACUGUCUGCUUGGUAUAUAAACGAGGAGCACGGACCUCCAGAGUUGGGUGACCCCUAUUUCGGCUGUGGUGAACAGGAUCUGAUCCCAAGGACUGUUACCUCUAUUCUUGUCUGGUGUGCAGUGUUAGAAAGCAAUCAUGCCUUUCGGUAACACCCACAACAACUUCAAGCUCAACUAUAAGGUUGAGGAGGAGUUCCCUGACCUGUCCAAGCACAACAACCAUAUGGCCAAGGUCCUGACCAAGGAGCUGUAUGGCAAGCUGAGGGAUAAGCAGACACCCAGCGGUUACACCCUGGAUGAUGUCAUCCAGACUGGUGUUGACAACCCCGGUCACCCCUUCAUCAUGACUGUUGGCUGCGUCGCUGGUGAUGAGGAGUCCUAUGAGGUCUUCAAGGAUCUGCUCGACCCCGUCAUCUCCGACCGUCAUGGUGGAUACAAGCCCACUGACAAGCACAAGACCGACCUCAACUUUGAGAACCUGAAGGGUGGUGAUGACCUGGACCCCAACUACGUUCUGUCCAGCCGUGUCCGUACUGGCCGCAGCGUCAAGGGAUUCACCCUCCCCCCCCACAACAGCCGUGGCGAGCGCAGACUUAUCGAGAAGCUGUCCGUUGAGGCUCUGACCAGCCUGGAUGGUGAGUUCAAGGGAAAGUACUACCCCCUCAAGGGCAUGACUGAUGCCGAGCAGGAGCAGCUGAUCGCUGAUCACUUCCUGUUUGACAAGCCCGUCUCUCCCCUGCUGACCUGCGCCGGUAUGGCCCGUGACUGGCCCGACGGCAGAGGCAUCUGGCACAACGACAGCAAGACCUUCCUGGUCUGGGUGAACGAGGAGGAUCACCUUCGUGUCAUCUCCAUGCAGAAGGGCGGCAACAUGAGGGAGGUCUUCAGACGCUUCUGCGUUGGCCUGCAGAAGAUUGAGGAGAUCUUCAAGAAGCACAACCACGGCUUCAUGUGGAACGAGCAUCUCGGCUACAUCCUGACCUGCCCCUCCAACCUGGGUACCGGCCUGCGUGGUGGCGUCCACGUCAAGCUGCCCAAGCUGAGCACACACGCCAAGUUCGAGGAGAUCCUCACCAGGCUGCGUCUGCAGAAGCGUGGCACAGGUGGUGUGGACACUGCCUCCGUGGGCGGUGUGUUUGACAUCUCCAACGCUGACCGUCUGGGUUCCUCCGAGGUUGCUCAGGUCCAGCUGGUGGUUGACGGUGUCAAGCUCAUGGUCGAGAUGGAGAAGAAGCUGGAGAAGGGAGAGGCCAUCGACAGCAUGAUCCCCGCUCAGAAGUAGAGAGACAAUCUUAUGUUUUUCUUGCGACCAUUCAUGUGCAAUCAAGUCAGCUGACAUGCGUGCGGAGGAAACAGCUGCUCACCUAGAGACUCUUGACUCUGCUAACCUCUUAUUCUUCCAUCCAACUUUUUUUUUCUUUUCUCUGUCCUUUGUGCUUUUUUCACGUUCUGUGUUGGUUGGUAACAUCCUGGGAUCAGCCUCCACUGAGCCGGGUUCACCCGGCAGACGUGGCAUCACCUACUUUUUGGUAUAAAAAGUAAUGACUAUUGAACAUGUUCAAUAAAAAAAUUGCCCAAUGAAACAAUAA